CAGUUUUUGGAGGUUUUGAUUUACUUAAAAGCACACCAUUCACACACAAUUAAACACAACAAACAACACACAUACAGAUAUAUAAAGCCACCAUCUCUUGCUUCCGAAAGAACACGAGCUUCUCUAUCUAUAGCAAGAAGCAACAAUCAUAUUGGUCAUGGCUAUCCCAUCAUUUCCUUGUCUUGGGAUGAUUUUGGGGCUCAUCUUGGCCCUUGCAAGUGUUGCUCCUCAGGCUGAGGCUCGUGCAUUCUUCGUGUUCGGAGACUCACUAGUCGAUAACGGCAACAACAACUACCUGGCCACCACUGCCCGUGCCGACUCCCCGCCUUACGGAAUCGAUUAUCCGACCCACCGGCCGACCGGACGCUUCUCUAAUGGUCUCAACAUCCCUGACCUUAUCAGUGAAUCUCUUGGUUCAGAGCCUACAUUGCCCUACAUGAGUCCAGAGCUCCGUGGAGAAAAACUACUAGUUGGCGCCAAUUUUGCUUCUGCAGGGGUUGGAAUCCUUAAUGACACUGGAAUACAGUUUGUGAACAUAAUUCGGAUCUCCAGACAAUUGGAGUAUUUCCAACAAUACCAACAAAGAGUGAGUGCUAUGAUAGGACCAGUGGAGACUCAAAACCUUGUAAACCAGGCUCUGGUACUCAUUACUCUCGGUGGCAAUGACUUCGUCAACAACUACUAUUUGGUGCCCUUCUCUGCAAGGUCUAGACAAUAUCCUCUCCCCGAAUACGUCCCCUUUCUAAUCUCCGAGUACCGGAAAAUUUUAUCGACGCUGUAUGAAAUGGGAGCUCGUAGAGUUCUGGUGACAGGAACAGGACCACUGGGUUGCGUACCAGCAGAAUUAGCGACACGCAGCAGAGCUGGCGAAUGUGCAGCAGAACUGCAAGAAGCUUCGAUCCUCUUCAACCCACAACUUGAACAGAUGAUAAUGGAACUCAAUACUGAAGUAGGCAGCGACGUCUUUGUUGCUGCAAAUACAAGACAGAUGCAUACGAAUUUCAUCAAUGAUCCCCAAGCAUAUGGAUUUGUGACAUCAAAGAUAGCAUGUUGUGGACAAGGACCAUACAAUGGGCUAGGACUUUGUACUCCAAUGUCCAACUUGUGCCCUAACAGAGACUUGUAUGCAUUUUGGGAUCCAUUCCAUCCAUCUGAAAAGGCAAACAGACUGAUUGUGGAAAUGAUCAUGACCGGCUCCAGCGAGUACAUGAAUCCCAUGAAUCUCAGCACCAUUUUGGCUUUGGAUUCAAUGGUGUGAUAUAUAUAUAUACAUAUAUAUAUGUAUAAGAAUUUAAGAAGUAUGAGUUAAUCAAUUUAGUAAUAAAUACUAGUGGCUAUUUGAUGAGGUAAAUGACAGGGCAUAGAAGUCAAAGAAGUUUCUAAUACCUAAACGAGUGUAUGAAGGCCAUUCCUUGGCUCUCCCUCUAUUUCUCUCUCUUUCCUUUUCUUUUCUUGGGAAAAUUAGUGUUCAAAAAGUGAGACGUUUUCAAUUAUCUAGCAUGUAUUGGGUAAAAGUCUUUUCAAUAAAUUAUAGAUGACAAAGUGUAUAAGUGCUUCUAAAGCUGCAGCUACUUUCUUUUUUCGUUGAUAAUAGGAACU